CCUGAGGUUGACACAUAACAAAACAAAUUUCAUCAUAACCUCGAAUACGAAUAUUGACAAAUAUUUAAAUAAAUAAGGACCGCUUUUACUCAAAAUUAAUUUAAAUCGACAAAUAUGUUACCCCUAUCGUUGCUACGUACUGCGCAGAACCAUCCAAUGCUGGUGGAAUUAAAGAAUGGCGAAACUUACAACGGACAUUUAGUGAGUUGUGAUAAUUGGAUGAACAUCAAUUUAAGAGAAGUUAUUUGCACAUCAAGGGAUGGUGACAAGUUCUGGAGGAUGCCAGAAUGCUAUAUUCGCGGCAGCACAAUCAAGUACCUACGUAUACCAGAUGAAGUCAUCGACAUGGUGAAAGAAGAAACCCAGGUCAAGGCUAGAAGUCGUAACGAAGUCUCCAAAGGCCGUGGUGGUCAAAAUCUUCGAACAGGGCGAGGGGGCAGUCGUGGGGCAUUCGGGAAUAGGGGCAGACCUGCCCCACUGCGCGGCGGGGGCACGGGACGACCGCAGAAUAAGAAUAAGAAGUAGAAUAGUUUAAUAAAGUUUUUGUAAGGA